GGGGGAGGGACCAAGGAGGCCUGGCAGGGCGGGAACUUGAGGGCAGCAGAGGCGGCCCCUUGGCCCAGGACGCCUGGAACCCGGGAGGCACGCUGCCCUGCCUUGGCCUCCCGAGAUCCACCCGGAAUCUUUCACAUGGUGCAUUGCUUGAGGAUGUACAAGCCAAAAGGACAAUUGGAGAAUGCUUUGUUCCCGAGAGAGAGCAAGCAGAGAGAUUAGGUGGAGGGAGGACCCAGAGCAAUGGCUGCUGCUCAUGAGGUGGAGAUGGAGGAUGUGAAUCUGAAUAGAGACAGGAAAGAAGACCUGGAGGACGAGGAGGAAAUGAGAGAGGACGGCGAAGGUAAAGAUCCCUCCAAGAAUAAAAAAGUCUACAGGGUUGUCUCAAAAUGGAUGCUUCCUGAACAGGCCCGGAGAACAUACGUGGAGAGAGCUAACUGCUUCCCGCCCCCCGUGUUCAUCAUCUCCAUCAGCUUUGCUGAGCUGGCGGUGUUUAUUUACUAUGCUGUGUGGAAGCCUCAGAAACAGUGGAUCACCCUGGACGUGGGCAUUUUGGAAAGUCCCUUUAUCUACAGCCCUGAGAAGAGAGAGGAAGCCUGGAGGUUUAUCUCAUACAUGCUGGUACAUGCUGGAGUUCAGCAUAUCUUGGGGAAUCUUGUUAUGCAGCUUGCUCUGGGUAUUCCCUUGGAAAUGGUCCACAAAGGCCUCCGAGUGGGACUGGUGUACCUGGCAGGAGUGAUUGCAGGUUCCCUUGCCAGCUCUAUCUUUGACCCACUCAAAUAUCUUGUGGGUGCUUCAGGAGGAGUCUACGCUCUCAUGGGAGGCUAUUUUAUGAAUGUACUAGUGAAUUUUCGAGAAAUGAUUCCUGCCUUUGGAAUUGUCAGACUGCUGAUCAUCAUCCUUAUAAUUGUGUCAGACGUGGGGUUUGCCCUCUACAGACGAUUCUUUGUCCCAGCAAAUGGGUCUCCGGUGUCCUUUGCUGCUCACCUUGCAGGUGGAUUCGCUGGAAUGUCCAUAGGUUACACUGUGUUUAGCUGCUUUGAUAAGGCACUGCUGAAAGAUCCAAGGUUUUGGAUAGCAAUUGCAGCUUACUUAGCUUGUGUAUUAUUUGCUGUUUUUUUCAACAUUUUUCUAUCUCCAGCAAAUUGACCUGCCCCCUAAGAUAAGCCAAUGAAUAAAAAGAGCCACCUGAGAAAGAACUGGAGAACUCUGUGAAGAAACAGACAAGUCCCAGCGAAUGUUAACCAUUUUAUAAAGAGGUCAAAAACACCACUGAAGUCAUUAGUUAUAGAGACUGCUUAUAAAAUGAGUUAAGGUCUAAGGGAGGGGCUUCUGAAUAGGAAGGAGGGAAGAGGAGCAGAGAAACCGUGGUGAAAACCAGAACUUGGCUCUUUCCAGACAUAAGGUGUAGUUUGUACAUGUCCUUGAGAGACCUGCUCUCCUUGGAGGAUAAUUGUAGAGAUUGCUUGACAGAAUCAAUGAAUACUUCACUAUGCUGAUAAUAAAAACUUUUCAUACCUGUAUCAGACUGUUGAUACUCAUUUUCAGUCACUGAGUAGAAGGAUCACUGUUUGAGGUGCUUUAUAUACAUCAUUGCUAUCUUUUUAACAGACAGAAAGGUGGCUAUUACUCUGUAUCUAGAGAGAAGGGCAUAGAAACUUUUAAAAAAAUCAAGUAGCUUACUGAGAAGGGGAAGGAUUUAAAGGUUGGUGAUGACUUGAAACCCCAUUCUCUUCUCCCCUAGCGUUCUGACAAUGUUUAUUCCUCAUAUGCUGAAAGUUAGGAGUAUGCUGGGCAUGUAGGAAUAAAUAUUUCAGUGGAUGCACCACGAAUAGUAGAAGUACCUUAUGGAGGACAGAAUUUUCUGGACGGCUAGUUUAAGAUUCUAGUAGUGUAUCUAAGAUCCCAAGGAACCUGGAACUAGCUUUCUGGUGCAUGCUAGACCUGGAUUCUGGGAUUCUCAUCUGUGAUAAGAUUCUCAUCCUUCACAUGGCUAGUGGCUCUCCUAGGGGUGGGUAGGAUUUAUUUAUAAAAGGUGAAAUGUCUGAAAGUUGAGAAGCUUGUGUCCUUUUCCUGUACAGAAUCCAGACUGCUGGCCAUUCUUUUACCAAAAUAGUAGUAUUAGGUCAUCUUAACACAGGAAAUACAAUUUUUCUUCUUUUAUCAUCAACAUAUUUUAUUUAUAAACACCCAUCUAAAUGUUUUGUAUUCUGAAAGGAGCAUGCACACUUUUAGAUAGUGGGAAAAGUACCAUUUUAGUAUUUUGAGAAAAACGGAUCUGGGAUUUGUUAAGAACAUUUUAAAUUUGAGCAUAAGAAUAUGAGUAUGUUUUUGGUGAAACAAAGAUUUGAACAAGAACUUAAAAGAUAAGAUUCCCUUUUACCUUCCCACCCAAUCCUCUGCUUUUCCCUGGUAAUGACUGCUGUCAGUCAUUCUUGCAGACCUCUUUCUAUCUGAGAUGAGCCAAAAGGGACAUGGAUUAUAGCUGAUGCUAAACUCAGUCCCUGCACCGACCUUCACUGAAUCAGCUCUAUACCUGCAAAGGGACAAGUUCAGAGAACAAGCUGAAGGUGGUGGUGGAAAAUUAAGUAUGAUUUGCUUCCCAGAGUUACCUAAACUAAGAAAGGUUUGGCUUAAUCUCUCUGUUUUAGCUGAUUAAAUAUACAUAUGAAAUAGGUUUUAACAAGAUAAAUGAGAUUAUACUACAUGUCUUGUAAUUUACUUUAUAAUGUGACAUAGAGAUCUUUCUAUUAGUUCAUAGAGAUAUUUAUUCUCUGAGUUGCUGAAUGAUAGAUAUAUACUAAAGUUCAUUUAAUCAUUUGUCUACUGACACUUAAAUUGUUGCUGAUUUUGUACCAUUGCCAAUGGUGCCAAAAUCAGGGUACAAAUGGAACAUUGUAGUAUGUGCACUGUGUCUGAGUAUGUUUGCUGAGUGAAUAUUUCAAGCAUCCAGAAGCAGAAAUGCUAUGUUAAUUUUGAAAGAUUUAAACUGUCUUUUAAAUAGUUGUUGCCAUUUAUAUUCUUACCGAUGGUAUAUGAGAGUAAGUGUCCUCAUACUUUUCCUCAAAGCAGACAUUAUCACUUUGAAUUUGAUAGUUAAAAAAUACUUCAUUUUAAUUUGUAUUUCUUUAAUUUCUAUUAAUAAGGUUAGUAUUUUCCAAAUUCUUUAAUAAUUUGUAAGUUAUUAUGCAUAAUAUGUACUUUAAAUAAUACAUAAUAUACAAAUAUACAUAUGUGAUUUUUUUUCCUGUGAAAUGUUUGUAUUUAAUCUGAGAAGUAGCUACUGGCUGGCAAAGAGGCGAGAGAAGAAAUUAUCAUCUUCCAAAGCCAACCCACCAGGUCACCCGCUCUGAAGACAGAUCUCUAAUGACCAAAGUGCAAUGUAACUCUUAGUACCAGAAAACUAGACAAAGACACAGGAUUCAUCUAACUGUGAAAUCGAACAUGAACCACUUAUUAUUAAAACUGAUGACUAAGAAAUUAUUAUUAAAUUAGAAAGUCUUUUUGGUGCUAAAAAAAAAAUCAUUUAUAUUACCCAAAAUGGUGAUACUGGGUUCCCCAGGGGGCAAAAUUACCAUUAAAAAAGCACACAAACAUCUCCUGCUCUUUUAAAUUUGGCAUCUCUGAAUUAUAAGCCACUUAUUUAGCUUAAUUUGGAGUUCAUAACUUUAGUCUUUUAAACUGUUCAUUGGAAAUAUCUGUGCUGUCCGAUA